CGCCCGCGCUCGCUGUCAAGGCAGCGGCGGAGAUGGCGAGCCGCGGAGCCCGGGCUGUGACGAGAGCAGCGGCUCCGCUAUUGGGCGAGGAGUCCUGAGGGACGGGCUAGUUUGGUGCACAAGGACACUGAGGCGGGUGGCCCCGAGAGAGCAAUGGAAGCCAACAUGCCGAAGCGGAAGGAGCCUGGCAAGUCUCUCCGCAUCAAAGUCAUCUCUAUGGGCAACGCCGAAGUGGGGAAAAGCUGUAUUAUAAAGCGGUACUGUGAGAAAAGAUUCGUGUCUAAAUACCUUGCAACAAUUGGAAUUGACUAUGGAGUCACAAAGGUACAAGUCAGAGAUCGAGAAAUUAAAGUCAACAUCUUUGAUAUGGCUGGACAUCCCUUCUUCUACGAGGUCCGAAAUGAGUUCUACAAGGACACGCAGGGUGUGAUGCUGGUGUACGAUGUUGGGCAAAAAGACUCCUUUGACGCCCUUGAUGCGUGGCUGGCAGAAAUGAAGCAGGAGCUUGGGCCUCAUGGGAACAUGGACAAUAUUAUAUUUGUCGUGUGUGCUAACAAGAUCGACUGCACCAAGCACCGCUGUAUUGAUGAAAGCGAAGGGCGUCUUUGGGCCGAAAGCAAAGGGUUCCUGUAUUUUGAAACUUCAGCACAAACUGGAGAAGGAAUCAAUGAGAUGUUCCAGACCUUUUAUGUGUCCAUAGUCGAUUUGUGUGAAAAUGGCGGGAAGCGGCCAACUGUGAACAGCAGCACUAGUUUCACCAGGGAGCAAGCAGACACCAUUCGCAGGAUUCGCAGCAGCAAGGACAGCUGGGACAUGCUGGGCGUCAAGCCCGGUGCCUCCAGGGAAGAAGUCAACAAAGCCUAUCGGAAACUUGCUGUGCUGCUGCACCCUGACAAAUGCGUAGCGCCUGGGAGUGAAGAUGCCUUCAAAGCAGUGGUGAAUGCCCGGACAGCCCUCCUGAAGAACAUCAAGGGGAGACAAGCCACAGCAGCCACAGAUGGAGGCGCCCUGGCUGGGGUUCUUCCUUCCUCUCCUUGAUCUGAAGCCUUUGCCCUGCUGUAGAAAUGGUUGCUGGUGGUAGCCAGGAGCACUGUACCCCUAGGAAUGAGGACCCAGGCUCCAGGACAGAAGCACGUGUAUACGCAUAUUCAUGCAUGUGCCCAGAGAGAGGCGGCUGAGAUCAGGCAUUUUGGGGACACUAGGAGAGUCCCAGUGUGAGGCCUGUCCCUUUCCUUAUUCUCAUCAUUCCUACAGGCAGUGGGGAGAGGCAGGUCUCCUCAACAAGCUGGCCUCUUCCUGGCUUCCUACCAGUGUUACUCUGUUUCUUCUCUUCUUGUGCCCCCACAUCUGCCAUCAGGUCUCCCUUUUUGAAUCCCUG